UGAGAUACGCUAAAAGGUCUUUGACUUCGUUACAAGUGCAAAAGUUUAGGCCUGUAAUGUUUAAGUGAUUUUUCACUUAGAUAGGACUAAAAAGGGUUAUCGGCUAGCGAAAAGGAGCCGCGUUCCCCCGAGGAGGUAGAUUCACUUGACAGGAAAGCAGCAUUCGGAUUUGAUAGCAGACGGAGCCGCACGUCGAAACAGCGGAACACGCGUGGCGAGGUCUGUGCUCGCGCACCGGGGUUGCGCAAAGGCACUUGCCCCGCUAGGAAGGCUGAGAUUUUGAGUCAGUUUGCAAGCUUGCACUUCUGAACGAGGGACACCGUUUGCUUUUCCCUAAAGGACUCGGAUCCGGGAAGGUGCAAGAGGAUGGCCCGUGCCAAAACCACUGGGCUCUCUUGGGAGAUCACCUGGUUCACAGUCACGACCAUCUGUGCCCAUCUACAGACAAGAGCAGAGCAGUCCCAAGAUGCAUACUUCUUGCCUGAGUUUGCACUUUCGCCCCAAGGAAGCUUCUUGGAAGACACCACAGGAGAACAGUUCCUUACCUACCGCUACGAUGAUCAGACCUCAAGAAUUUCCCAGCCUGACGAAGAUAAAGAAGGUGGCUGGGAUGCCUGGGGAGCUUGGAGUGACUGUUCUCGAACAUGUGGAGGAGGUGCAUCCUAUUCCCUAAGGAGGUGCUUAAAUGGCAGGAACUGUGAAGGCAGGAAUAUUCGAUAUAAAACCUGCAGCAAUAACGACUGCCCAUCAGAUGCUGGUGAUUUUCGAGCCCAGCAGUGUUCAGCCUACAAUGAUGUCAAGUACCAAGGGCAUUUCUAUGAGUGGAUACCUGUCUAUGAUGAUUCUAGCUCUCCAUGUGCCCUGAAGUGCCAAGCUUUGGGGAAACCCUUGGUGGUGGAGCUUGCCCCCAAAGUUCUGGAUGGUACUCGCUGCAAUGCCAAGUCUCUGGAUAUGUGCAUCAGUGGUAUAUGUCAGGCAGUGGGCUGCGAUCGACAACUUGGGAGUAACGCCAAGGAAGACAACUGUGGAAUCUGUGCAGGAGAUGGAUCAACGUGCAGGCUAGUGAGGGGCCAAACUAAGACACAUCUUUCAUCAGAAAAAAGGGAGGAAACCGUGAUUGCUGUACCACAUGGGAGUCACAGUGCAAGAAUUACUGUGAAAGGACCAGCACACCUUGUGAUUGAAUCAAAGACGCUACAGGGAGACAGUGAAGAACACAGCUUCGGUGCCCCUGGAACGUUCGUUAUUGAAAACACGACGGUUGAAUUUCAGAAGGGCUCAGAAAGGGAAACGCUUAAAAUCCCAGGGCCCCUCGGACCAGAUUUCAUUAUCAAGACCAGGUAUACUGCCCCCAGAGACAGCGUGGUUCAGUUCUUUUUCUAUCAACCCAUAAGUCAUCAGUGGAGACAGACGGAGUUCUUCCCCUGCACUGUGACAUGUGGAGGAGGUUAUCAGCUGAACUCUGCAGAGUGUGUGGAUAUCCGUUCAAAGCGUGUGGUGCCAGAGCAGUACUGCCAUUACUAUCCUGAAAACAAGAAACCGAAGCCUAAGCUGAAGGAAUGCAAUAUGGAUCCGUGUCCUGCAAGUGAUGGGUUUAAAGAAAUCAUGCCCUACGACCACUUCCAGCCACUUCCUCGCUGGGAGCACAACCCCUGGACUGCAUGUUCAGUUUCAUGUGGAGGUGGAAUUCAGAGGAGGAGUUUUGUGUGUUUGGAGGAGACCAUGCAUGGAGAGAUAAUACAAGUAGAGGAGUGGAAGUGCAUGUAUGCUCCCAAACCCAAGAUCAUGCAAGCUUGCAAUCUGUACGAUUGCCCAAAAUGGGUAGCUUUGGAGUGGUCACAGUGCACUGUGACAUGCGCUCGAGGGUUACGUUAUCGGGUAGUGCUGUGUAUCGAUCAUCGCGGGCAGCACACAGGCGGCUGCAAUCCUCAGCUCAAGCUACACAUCAAAGAAGAGUGUAUUGUGCCAGUCCCCUGUUACAAGCCCAAAGAGAAACACCCUGUUGAAGCAAGGCUCCCUUGGUUCAAGCAAGCACAUGAAAUGGAGGAGACCAGAGCAGUCUCUGAAGAGCCAACGUUUAUCCCUGAGCCAUGGUCCCCUUGCAGUGCUUCUUGUGGUCACGGUAUUCAGAUGCGUGGUGUGAAGUGCCGUAUUUAUCUCGCAUUUACUCAGACUGAGGUGGAGCUGCCUGAUGAAGAGUGUGAAGAACCCAAACCGGUGACUGAACGCAGUUGCCGCCUGGAAUCAUGUGAUGGCGAUCCUGUCACGUUCAUCCCAGAACUUUCACACUCUGAAGGUGCUGAAGAGGCCAUCUAUGACUGGGAAUACAUUGGCUUUACUCCAUGCUCAGCUACGUGUGUUGGAGGAACUCAGGAAGCCAUUGCCGUGUGUCUACACGAGCAGACAAAGCAAACCGUAAAUGAUAGUCUGUGCGAUAGUUCAAAGAGGCCCCCGGCAAUGAGUCGUGUGUGUAACACCAGGCUUUGUCCCCCAAGGUGGCAGGUGGGGCCCUGGAGACAGUGUUCUGCCACUUGCGGUGUUGGAAUCCAGACAAGAGAGGUGCUCUGCCAGCAACCCAGAGGAUCAGUUGUUGGGUCUGAAAACUGCAAAGACAAAAAGCCUCACUCUUUGCAAGCUUGCAACCAGAUUGAUUGUCCCCCAGUUUGGCAUGUUGAAGAAUGGCAACAGUGUUCCCAUACAUGCGGUGGAGGAACCCAGAAUCGUAAAGUGACUUGCCAGCAGUUGUUGAUGGAUGGAAGCUUUCUGAGACUCACUGACGAGAGAUGCCAUGAACCUAGAUUGUCCACUCAGAAACCUUGUGCGAAAACAGACUGCCCUCCACAGCUGAUAGUGGGAGAAUGGUCUAGGUGCUCUGUAAGUUGUGGCGUUGGGGUGCAAAGAAGGAAACCCACCUGCCAGAAGCUCACAGCCAAAGGCCAGCAUGUCACAUUAAACGGAUCUAUGUGCAGUGACCUCCCGGUGCCCCCACUUUCAAGGCCUUGUCGCAUGAGUGCCUGCAACAAGAUGAAACCUAAACCUUUUGGAAAGUACGCUUCCCCCGGGCCACAGAUUCUCAGUAUCCACAGAGUCUACAUACAGACAAGGCAAGAGAAACGAAUUAAUUUUACUAUUGGGAGCCGAGCUUACCUGCUUCCCAAAACAUCUGUUGUUAUUAAGUGCCCAGUUCGGAGGUUCCAAAAGUCACUUAUCCAAUGGGAGAAAGAUGGGCAGCGUCUCCAGCUCUCUAAACGGCUUGGUGUCACAAAAUCGGGAUCGCUCAAGGUCAACUGUCUUGAGGCUUCAGAUAUUGGAGUGUACAAGUGUAUCGCAGGCUCAGCACAGGAGACAUUUGUUCUUAAGCUCAUUGGCACAGAUAACAAGCUCAUAGAGCCACCCAGUUUUAGAAGACACAGGGGAGAGAGCGGCAGCACAGAACACAAUGAGGCCAACAGCUUUGGAGCAAAGUGGCAUAAAAUGAGCCAGAUGUGGCAACUGUGGAGCCAGAAGAGUGAACAAUAUCUGGGCGAUAGGCAAGUUAACGACCAGCCUUUCCUGCGACAUCUGGAAACUCACACGAGACAUUCAGCAGAAGUAUAUGGCUCUCAUGAAUUCAAAAAUAAGCGACUAGGGGCAGUGGUUCUCCCCGGUGCCUAUAGUAUGGACAUAGUACAUUUUGAGGAGCUGAUAAAGAAUCUGACUCAACUUGCUGAGGCUGGAGAAGUCAACGAUGACUUGGCUUCCCAGCUUGUCUACCAGCUGAUUGCUGAGUUGUCCAAGCCCCCGCAGCCUGCUUCUGAAAUGCGGAAGGAGCCACAAGACAUAAAGCUGCCUUCCAGGAAACCUGGCAAAUCUCCAGAUGUGUCUGAUAAUCUUAGCACAAAACCCCAAGGCAAUGUGGGGACUCUAAGCCAAAAGGGCCCGGUUAUUGUAAGGCACAAAGAAGGGUCAAAGGUUGUUUCAAACAAAACGGUAACUGUACAUAUCGGGAGUACUGUUUUUUUAACAAAGGAUACCCACCUUAUAAAUUUGCUUUGUGAAACUCUUGGCGUCAGCAACCCUAAGUAUACUUGGACAAAAGAUGGAAUGGAGUUAAAAUCUUCUGAGAAAGUGGUUUUGGAAGCCAGUGGGAAAAUCCAAAUUUUGAACCCCACCAGGAAAGAAAUGGGUGUGUAUCGCUGCAUGGUGGAGAACACCUUUGGUUCUGACACAGAAGUUUCCACACUAUUUUAUGCAGAGGCUCCCACCAUACUGUCCUCUGUAACAAACAUCACAGCUUCGGAGCUUCGGAACCUUUCCACAGUUGUUGGAGGUACAAUCCUGGCGAGGACAGGAGCAAACAUUACCCUGGAAUGCCCAGUGAAGGGUCUUCCCCAACCUGCGGUCGCUUGGUUUAAGAACGAGAGCUUCCCAAGAACCCAAGUUUUCACAGUUGCAAAUGGAUCGUUACUUCUGAAGAACGUUUCACGUGCAGAUGCUGGAAUGUACACUUGCACAGCCUCCAACGCUCUUGGACAAGUCGCAGCCACAACUGGUCUUCGAUUGGCUGAACGAAGACCUCAAAAGCCUAACAAUGGAUCAUCCAGCAACAGUAGGAGAAAGCGUGUCCUUAUGGCAUCUGGAAUCGGUACCAACAUUACUGUCAUACCUGGGGAUCUGCUACGCAUAGGUUGCCCUGUACAUCCUAGUAGAAAUAACACAAUUCGCUGGCUCUUCAACAAUCAACCGAUUGAAGAAAUUAAAGGCUUCAGUCACAGAACCCUGGUUGCGGGACGUAUCCUAGAGGUGAACACUGUCUCUGGCCAAUUUGCUGGACAGUACAGAUGUUGGUCGUCAUCAAGUGCCAAGCCAUUGUCUGUCUGGGUAAAUGUCAAGAAGGAAGAAUAUAUCUGGGAGCUUGGUGAGUGGAGUCCUUGUUCAGCUACUUGUGGGAACUCAGGAACCCAGUUCCAAAGGCUGUUGUGUGUGAGUGCAAAGGAGCAAAAAGUGAACAAGUCAUUAUGUAAAGAGAAUCAGAAGCCACCAAUAAAUUACCAGCCCUGCAACAUCCAUGAUUGUCCUGCCAGAUGGGCAACGAGCGCCUGGUCGGAGUGCUCUGCUUCCUGUGGCAAUGGACUUCGCCAGCGGCAAAGAGUCUGCAAGCAAGUCAAAGCCAAUGGUACUGCCAUAGUGUUGCCUCUGGGUGCUUGUGCACACAAAGAUCAUCCUUCGGAAAGGAAACCCUGCGUGGGGCAGUCGUGUACACAGUGGUUCAUUCAUCCGUGGAGCCAGUGCACAGGCCACUGUGUUGGCCGUAGAUUGGGAGUACAACACCGUCUCGUUCAGUGUCAGCAUCAGAAUGGAUCAGUAGUAUCAAACUCUCUGUGUGAUGAAAGGAAAAGGCCGUCUAUUAGAAGAAACUGUUCUUCAGACAAAUGCGAUGUGUAUUGGCGGACAGGCCCCUGGCGACCCUGCACGGUAGAUUGUGGAAGUGGAUUUCAGUCACGGCAAGUCAGCUGCAUACACAGCAGAAAUAAGAGACCCGUAGCAGACCAGUCCUGUGCCGGGAGGAAGAGACCGGUGACCUGGCAACAAUGCAAUGUCACUUCCCGUGACAAAGGCGAAUGCAAGGAUACAACUCACUACUGUACUUUUGUAAAGCAUCUAAAAUUAUGCUUGAUAGACCUCUACAAACAAAGGUGUUGUCAGUCAUGUGAAGAGCAUUAUUCUUCUCUGGGAAGUUCAUGAUGCCGCAGUGAAGCUAUCGCACGGAGAGAAUGUUCUGUCAAUCCAGUCUGCUCUGGACAAUAUAGACAAUCAACAAGGAACACAUGGGGGUUGAUGAAAAGAAGCUGCAUUGGAUAUUCUGAGCGGGAUUUUUUUCUUUCUCAGAGGGUAGGAACACACUCACUGUUCUGCUGCCGCCAGUGCAUCUCUCUCUUCUGAAAACGGGGCCCACGACACUAGUCAACCCCCACCCCCUUUUAUUGUAAAACCUAGUGGGAGCAGCUUGAGUGCAUUUUUUUAAAAAAAUUCAGCUUCAACGAGAUUUUGCAACUGAUUGGCAGGUCAACCUGUUUCCCCUCCAGGUGUGGCUAAUGGAAAUGCUUUGAUCUGGCGACUAGUAGAGCCUUAGUCUCCACUCCCUGCUCCCUGCCAGCAACACCUUUGUUGCGAUAUAAGCUUUAAUGAUAUUAGAAAGAAAACAUCAUCAUGAUCCAUUGUUUGUAAAACAUGACAGUUUUAACCCUAUUGGGGGAGGGGGUCAUCAGCUAUCAAGUUUCCUGCUACGUAAAGACAAUUGGAGUUUAGCGUUCACAACUUGUUCAAAAAUACUGAAAUGCAGCAACAAGUCAUCUUUGUUGUUGCCUGCCUGGUGUGAUCCACGUUAAGAUAACUCUCAGAAUGUACAGAAUAGGGCAUAGGACGCUCCCUUAUACUGAGUCAGACCAUUGAUCCCUCUAGCUCAUCAUUGUCUACACUGAUUGGCAGCUCCUCUUCUGAAUUUCAGGCAGGGAAACUUCUCGCCCACUAGCUGGUACAGCACAGUGGGGAGGAGAGCCUGGCUGGGAGUCCAGAGUCUGUGAGUUCAAAUCCCCGCUUGUGUCUCCUGAGCAUCAAGGGCCAGCUACAGAUCACCCCCAUAGUGAGUGGCUCAGGGGUUACGUGCCCUGCCACCUGGGCAGCUGUGGGCAAGCGGCAGAGUCCCAAGGAGCCCAGUUGCCCCCCAGCUGGCAGUUGCAGACAAGGAAGGGGCUGACUUGUGCAGCUGUGGCAAGCUGAGCAGGCCCUAGCCAGCUGGGGAGGACUAGCCUCAGAGGGAGGCAAUGGUUAACCCCCUCUAAAGACCGCUUACCAUGAAAACCCUAUUCACAGGGUCGCCAUAAGUUGGGAUCCACUUGAAGGCAGUCCAUUUUCACCUUCUCUCCCAGCCCUGCCUGGAGAUGCCGGGGACUGAACCUCGGACCUUGUGCAUACAAAGAAUGUGCUCUACCCACUGAGCGAUGGUCCUUCCCCUAAAGUGUUCAACUCUCCUGUCAGUUCAACCCCACCUCCUCUUCCCCAGGCCCUGCUUUGUAUCUGUUCACCAGCGACACACGUCUGCCACCGUCACGUCUAGUAGUUAGAACCCCCCCCCGGAACAGGAACACAGGAGGCUGCCUUAGACCAAGUCAGACCAGUGGUGCAUCUGACUCAGCAUUAUCCGCACUGGCCGGCAGCGGCUCGCCAGGCUUCCAGUCAGGGAGCGCCUCUCCCAGCUCUGCUUGGAGAUGCCAUUGGGGAUUGGAGCUGGGACCUUCGGCACGCAAGGGAGAUGCUCUCUCGCUCAGCUGCAGCCUGUCUCAUACGAGACUAGGGUUACAUGCAAGGAUAGGAUAGGAAGGAAGGGAGAAAAGACAGAGAGGAAGGAAGUCCCCUGGCAAAGAAUGUGGGCAAAAGGUAUGUCUGUAAUCGGUAGCAUAGUGGCAAAUCUAGAAGUGCAGGAUCCCUUCACGAUAGUCACAGCCUUGCCCCCUCCUAUCCUGUUUUGGUGCUGGCUUGAGAAUGAGAUCUUCUUCCCCCAUAAUAACAAAUGCCCCAGGAGCUAAUAAGCAUGAAAUGGGAGAGAAUUAGCUACUGAGAAGAGUAUUCUCAGUGGCUGACUCACCUCCUUUCACUCUGAUUGGCUCCAAUCAGCAAGAAAGGGCAAGGAAGCGUGUUAGAAGACUUCUCAGUGACACCCAACUACACCCUUUUCUCCAAACAGUCUGUGGCUGUAAUAUUUUUCUCCAGUGGCUGCAUUUCCUUAGGAUUUGACAAAAAGGACAUUAUCACAGACCUUGCUUUAUUGAGAUGAGCUGUCAGAUGGAUGCUCAGUUUGUUUUUCUUCCUUCAUCUAAUUGCUUGCAGUAAAAAAGCAAUGUUACAAUUCUGAGACCCGUCAUGGGAUUGUUUACUGAUCAGUGAGGCGUCUUUUUUUUUUGCAGGGGGAGGAGUUCUGCUUCAGUGUCACUGGAAUCUGAUCAAAGCUCAGGCACGAUUAGUCUAAUGUGAAACUGGAUUUGAGGUUUCUGCAUGGAAGUUUGGAAUGUGGGGUUUUAUAUGUUUGAGACGCUUUCUCUUCCACUAGGUCAGAUGGGAAAUGAGAGCAGUUUCUCUGGCCAAAAGCGUCUGUUAGGCUGGAUUGCCCUUGAAGAAAUGUUCUAUAUACUUUUCCAGUCACUGGAAAGAAAGAAAGGUGGUGGUGGUGGUGGGGGGGGAAUCAAACAAAACAGAAGAAAGUGCUGUUCUGCAUUGAGGCAGACAUAUGUUAAAUAUCAGUUUCAAUUUGUUUUCAUUCAUCCUGACUAUCAUGCAUUUAGUUAUUGCACGCUAGCAAGUUCUCGGAACUACAGCCUCAAGUAGCACUUUUCUGCCCUACAAAUUAUGUGUGUAAAGUCUGGCAAGAAGCCAGUUGCCGAUUCUUGAAAUAUACAAACAAUACAAAAUAUAAAUAAAUGUGGCCACAUUUGAAAUAAAGUAUACCAGGGGAUCCCAAACUGAGGUCCAUGGACCACCAGCGGUCCGCAAGCUUCAUUCAGGUGGUCCACGGCAUCAUGCCUGCAUUAAAUAUUCAUAUUGAUUUCUACUUGUAUUUUUUAUAUUUCUUAUAUUGGAUUUUAUCAACAGAAUGCAAGUUGUAAUACACUAAAAUACAAUAUAAGAAAAGAAGCGAUAAAAAUGCAAUUUAAAAUUAUGCAGCAACUAGCAUGGCGCAUUGCAAGUGCUAUGACAAUUAAGAGGUCCAUCAAUUUUCAAGUGGUCCAUGGGGGGGGGGAAAUGCUUGCAAACCACUGACAUAUACCAUUCUGGUCAGCCCAUUCCAAAAAGAUAACUAUGGAGUCAGAAAAGAGCAGCAAAUAAUCAAGAAAUCGGAAUGGUUUUCUUAUGAAGGAAGGCUAAAGCUCCUUCGUUUAGGGGUUGGGUGGGGAAGACAAUUAAGGCUGCAAACCUAACUCCAAUUACCUGGGAGUAAGCCCCGUUUAAUUCAGUGGGACUUCUGAGUAGGCAUAGUUGGGAUUGCACUGUAAGGUUGCAAUCUUACACUCUUUUACCUGAGAGUCGAUCCCACUGAACUCACUAGGAAUUACUUCUGAGUGAGUAGAUAGCAUAUGUAUGGGGCUGCACUGUAUGAGGGUCACAACAGAACAGAGCUAGGCAAUGUGGUACCUGCAGAUGUUGAUGGCCUACAACUCCCAUCAUCUCUGAUCAUUAGCCAUGCUAGCUGGGACUGAUGGGAGUUGGGAGUCCAACAGCAACUGAAGGGUACCACAUUGCUUACCCCCUAGAUCACUGUUCUUCAACCUUGGGUCCCCAGAUGUCAUUGGACUACAACUCCAUCAUCAUUGGCUAUUGGCUAAGCUACCUGGGAUGAUGGGAGUUAUAGUUCAACAAGGGGAGCCAAGGCUGAAAAACUCUGCCCUAGAUGUUUAUAAAAUUAUGCAUGGUAUGGAGAAAGUAGAUAGACAAAGUUUUCACAUCCCUUCCCCAUAAUAUUAAGCACUGAGAUCACCCAGUGAAAUUGGUUGGCAGUAUGAUUAGGACAGGAAAAAAUAGUUCACACAAUGCACAGUUCAGUUUGGGAAUUUGCUGUCAGUAAAGGCCGUGAUGGCCACUGGAUUAAAUGGCUGUACAAGGCGAUCAGUACACAUUCGUAGAGGAGGAGAGAUGUAGUGAAGCAGGCUUGAGGAUGAGGGGAGUGCUGCUUAGUGCUUUUUCAGACCAGGAGAGAUGGCAUGAUCUGCCAGAAGGCCAGGAGAUUGAUGGACCGUGCUCUGGCAAGUGAAUGAGGUGGCAAUGAGGCUUUCAAGUUUGUGACAGAUUCACAUAGAGGAAGUCAGAGGAAAAUAACCAGCAGCGACUGGAUACUUAUUUCCUUUCCUUUGAUGGUGGUCCUGUUUCUCGCCAGCAGUUUAAAUGGUAAAACCUUUUUGCAAAAAGUUUUUGCGUUUCUAAGGAAAUGUGAACGGUUGUAUUUCAGCUGGCUAAAGAUCUUUUGUUAAGUGUCCAUGUGUUUUGCGGCUUGAACCAAUGCAGUCAAAAUUAAGUACCACUGAGUUCAGUGUCUGCUUCUUUGCAGUCAUGCCACAUGGCUGAUCAGCGAUGUGAACCCAGGUCUCUCCCGCCAAAUGGCACCAUGCUGACCACUACACUACCCUUUGCCUGCUCACUGUUCGGUGAGCAUCAGCUGACCCUAAUGAAUUGGGUAUUAUGCUAUGUACUGUUGCUCUUUGGGAGUUGUAUAUACUAAAUUAACAUAGCUAUCUGCAUUUUGGGACUCUUUGGGACCGUGGAUAUGGAGGCUGUCAUGAUGAGCUCCCACACUUCAAUAUUUACCAUUGCAUGGCUUAGGUAUUAGCCCACUGAAAGUGCUGUGGAAACUCCAAGAGGUCAGAAAUGAAACAUCUGAUUUUUUGUUUCUGUCCAAACUGUGUUAGAGAAAGAUUAAUGCACCGAGGUUGUGGUUUUGCCUCACUGAAAUUAAACUAGUGCUACUGUACAGAGAGCCUUUCAUGUGGAUAACUGCAAGAAAAGGCAUAUGCCCACUCAUCAUGAUCAAACUGAAGUUAAGCACCCUGGGCCAAUUAACAGUCAGCAGAAGCAAGAGGUAAAGUUUUUCCAGGUGGGAGAAUUGCAUAUCUGAAUGUUCACUAUCAGGGGAAAGGAAAAAUAAUACCCUGUAGAUGGAAACAUACAGUGGCCUGGUUUGCAUGGUAUGGUAAGCCAAACCGUGGGUUAGCAGAGCUGUACAAACAUGCUGGAUCCCCAAAAGGAGCUUGUAAGGUUGGGCAAAUCUGUCAAAUUGUUCCUCUCAUUUUCCCAAUCUUAAAUAAAAUAAAUAAAUAAAAAUUUAUUUUUAGGCCGCCUAUCUGGCCGAAUGAACUGCCACUCUAGGCGGCGUACAUAAUUAAAAAUACAACAUAUAAUACAGUUUUAACAUAUAAAACAAUUAUAAUUAAUCUUAAGAUCACUUCACAUUUCUGCAUCAGUUUGCAAUUUUUUUAAAAAAAAAUCAUGAAAAUUCAUCAGCGUUUUAGUGCAAAUUUCUCCUAAUAUACACAUUUUUAAUGCAAUUUUUCCUAAUAUGUCCAUUUUUGCAAAGGAAUUUUCCUGAAUGCAUUUUUAUAUGUUUUCGCUAAUAUGUACAUUUUUGUGCACCCUUUACCUUAGUAUAUGUAUUUGUACAUUUUACUUGGCUGGAGAACUGCACUGCAACAUUCGGAGAAGUACGGAUUUUGAAGGAUGGCUGUGCUAGUUCGCUUUCUUGUUCAUUGGGAACUGAAUGGCAUUUCUGCCUCAUCCUUUGGAGCUCACAUCCACUUUACUCCUCUGCAGCCCUUUUAGCUCAGUGUUGGCAUGGCAGUCUUGGCUUAGCGUGUUGUCCGAACCCAGGCUUCUGGUUUAGCUGUCUCCUCCUUAACCACAAUCUGUAGCCAAGAACAAACCUUGGCUAUGGCUUGUGGGUUGCAAGGAGAGAGCUUAACCAAAAGCCUGGGUUUGGACAACAUCCUAAGCCAAACCUUGGCUUUUCUCAUCAUGGCUUGGGAGCAAAAAGGACCAGACAGUCCCAGUAAGCUGGGUGGGGAACCUUUUCCAGCCCAAGGGCCACAUGGCACUGGUGGGUGGGGCCAGAGGCAAAAGUGGGCGGAGCAAGAAAUAUACAUUUUACCUUUGUACCUUAAGCUAGUUUCUACACCCACUCACAUGGCCCUCUGUAUCCUUGAACGAGAGGUGUUAUCAGAGUUCAAGGACAAAAUUGGGUGCAACACAGGGCCAGUGAGAGGUGUGGCCUGGGAAGAGUUCCAAAGGGCAGACAGAGAGGCCUGGAGGGUCACACUUGGCCCCUGGGCCUGAGGUUCUCCACCUCUGCAGUAAGCCAUAGUUUGCUUUACCAUGUCAUGUGAAUCAGGCCAAUGCCUGGAAAAGGCUACGUUGAAUCCUCAGCGUGCUGGUUUUUUAUAUUCAUGGAGUUUUAAAGAUGGGGAAACCUCUUUAAAACUGCAGCCCUCCCAUUUGCAAAUGGAAAUGUUACAGCAGGGGGGGGAAGUUGCCACUCGAUUCUGCUCGUAUAAACUGUCUUGUGAGUGGGAGUGCUGAGAGCCUGUGCUCAGCUCUUUUCCACUGAAAUGGAUGGACUUUAAAGUGAUUAACUUUGACUGCCCAAAGCUUUUUAAAUCACUUAGGGGUCUUGUUUGUUUAUACCAUUUUUUAAAUUAAAUGUAAUAUACUUUUGUAUAUAUUUAUUAUCUGAUCUGAAAGUGCAAUAUUUUUGUACAGUGUGUAAUAAAGAUUUUGGAACAUUUUUUCCUUGUUACUAAACCUUAUCAAAUGUUUUUAUUUUGUAUUUAAUAUUUGUAAAGAAUGAACUGCUAGCAUUCUUCCUUUUUUUUUUUUGCUAGUACUUUGGCUAUAAAUGCAUGUUCUAGGGAAGCAUAAGUGUGGGUGAUUGUUACAGCAGCUUGAUACGGCCGUCCUCUGUAGCUGAAUCUGCUGCUGGUACACUAACCAAAGAUGCCUAAUAUUAUUCAUUCAUAAGCUUA